AAAGCAUUUUCAUAGUUUUUCAUGAAUCUUCUUCUCUUUUAACUAUAGUAUUUAUCGGAUAUCAAACAUGGAUUUUAAUCUGUGUAAUCCAUUACUAAUUUACAUUUGGAUGAAUGUUAUAUUUUUUGCUUCUUGUCACGAUAAGCCUUCGUUACUUAUUACUAACAAAACGAAGGUUGAGAGCAGCUCUCUGUAUGUAUGGGGAUCUUACUCCGGAAAUGCCAACAAAACCAUCGAUAGGAACUUCAAUCAAAGUUAUGUUGCUUGUAUGCACACGGCCCCAGGACAGUCAGUCAGAGGCCUGGUUAAAGAUUGAUCUCGGUAGAGUUUUCAAUUUGAAAAGUGUUCGAAUUUGGUACAGGAAUGACCGUGGAGCGUACAGUACUAAAAGACUGAGCGGAUGUUCAGUACUUGUAUCCAAUAAUUCAGGAUGGAGUGUUAAUGACACCUGUUAUCAGGAUUCCGGAAAUGUUACUCUUGAAACAGUGCUUGAAGUGAAUUGUUUUCAUACAGCCCAAUAUGUAAAGAUAUACGCAAAUAAGAAUAUUGAUGGGGGUGCUAUUCUUGAGAUCUGUGAGCUGGAGAUUUACGGUUGUUCAUACCAGGACAGUGUUGGAAAUUGCAUAUCUUGUGACCAGUGUAAGAAUGAUUGUAUGAUAAACGGGGAAUGUGAUGAACAGGGAUGUAAAAUUGAUAGUCUCCCUCCUCCAUUCUGUAAAGGUAUAUUAUCAUAUAUGCGAAAAAAAUGUAUCUCAGUUAUGUGUAAAAGUUGUAUUCUAAAGCUGUUAAUCUUAUGACUUAUCAUUUAAUUGUUUGUCUUAUUAGUAAAACAGAUUGUAAGCGUUAUUUGCUUUGCGAUGUGAG